AUGAAUUGGUUUGGAAAUUACUUCUCUAAGUUUCCUGAGGAUAUUUCCUUCUUCAACACACACUCACCUCUGUUGCUUUCACUCAUAUCAUCUGAAGAUGAACAACAUUUUAUUUCCGGCUUGAGGAGCCAUGCACCAGCCCAGGCUGUGGUGAAGCAGCCUGUCCGGGGAGCCAGUGGCAGGACCACAGUCACAACGAUUGUCCAGACUGGUGGGGACUGGAGCACCGGCCUCUUCAGUGUCUGCAGAGAUAGGAGAAUUUGUUUCUGUGGUCUCUUUUGUCCCAUGUGUCUUGAAUGUGACAUCGCCAGGCAUUAUGGAGAGUGUUUUUGUUGGCCAUUGUUACCUGGGUCCACCUUUGCACUAAGAAUUGGCACCAGAGAGAGACAUAAAAUACGGGGCACGCUGUGCGAGGACUGGCUGGCAGUGCACUGCUGCUGGCCUUUAUCCAUCUGCCAGGUGGCCCGGGAACUCAAGAUGAGGACCUCCCAACUCUACGAAAUCUAUGUGACCCCUUCGACUAGGGAAAAUCUAAUCUGA